GACCUACCUUUAAAAUACGAUAAAAGAUACCGAUGCAACUUCAGUAUAUUAUUUCAUCAAAACUACGAUCAUUUGCCCAGAGGUUUGAAUCAGGAAAAGCUUAAAGAGUUUAAACAAUUAGUUCAUCUCUACGAGGACUUUAAUCAAAAGCAAAAGUUUGCUAAGAUACGUAAAAUUAAGAACGAUCAGAGCAACUUGCCAAUAAGUCAGUACCGAUCAAAAAUUAUUACUGCGGUUCAGCAAAAUCAAGUAGUGAUCAUUGCUGGUGAUACGGGAUGUGGCAAAUCAACGCAGGUACCUCAAUACCUGUUAAACUCGGGAUUCAGCCAUAUUGCAUGUACCCAACCACGUAGAAUUGCAUGCAUGUCAUUAGCAAAACGUGUCGGAUAUGAGAUGCUCAAUCAGUAUGGUUCAAGAAUUGCAUAUCAGAUUCGAUUUGAAGAGAGCAAAACACGAGCUACCAAGGUGCUAUUUUUGACGGAAGGUCUUUUACUACGACAGUUAGUAUCCGACCCAACUCUGUCAUUGUAUAACGUUAUCGUUGUUGAUGAGGUUCAUGAGAGACAUGUUCAAGGAGACUUUCUUUUAGGCAUUUUAAAGGAUCUGCUACCAAUUCGACGUGACUUGAAAUUGAUAUUAAUGUCCGCUACUAUUAAUAUUAACUUAUUUGCAAAUUACUUUGAAGGUGCUCCAGUAAUCAAGAUUCCCGGUAGAUUGUAUCCAAUCCAAUUGGAAUAUGUAUUUGAUAUUGUACCAGAAGGUGUUCGAAAAUGUAUUAUAUCUACUAAUAUCGCUGAAACUUCAGUUACUAUUGAUGGAGUUAGAUUUAUAAUCGAUUCUGGAAAGGUAAAAGAAAUGAGCUAUGAUUCGGGAGCUAAGAUGCACCGACUACAAGAAUUUUGGAUUAGUAAAGCGAGUGCAGAGCAACGAAAAGGACGUGCCGGUCGAACCGGACCAGGAGUAUGUUUCCGUCUGUAUUCGGACUCGGAAUAUGAGGCUUUCGAACAGUAUUCUACACCGGAAAUUCGACGCAUUUCCCUUGAUAGUUUAAUAUUACAAAUGCUUCUUUUAGAAAUCAAGAAUCCCACGGAUUUCCCAUUCAUUGAACCACCAUCCAAAGCUGCACUCGAUCAUUCGGUUAUAUCAUUGCAAGAUCAGGAUGUAAUAGAAAAGGAGAAUAUGAAAUUGACAGUAAUUGGGAAAAUGUUAGCUAAUCUUCCGGUAGAAGUCGUUAUUGGCAAGACAUUAAUUAUGGGGACGUUAUUCAAGAUUAUCCCUUCCAUCGUAACAAUGGCCGCUGCACUUGCAGUUCAGUCUCCAUUUUAUAAAACUGUUGACCAAGGCAGUGAAAUUGCUGUAAGUUUCACUGGCUUUAGAAUUACACUAAGAUAG